AUGAAGAUCUUCAUAGCUGAAGUAGCGCUACUAGCGAGCUUAGUCCUUGGGAUUGGGAAAGGAGAAUCCAAGCAUCCGUCGAGAAUUCGGCGGAUAGUUGGAAGUGAAGAUACGGACAGGUUCGCCAACAUGGUGGUCGGUGGAAAAAAUUACUUCUGUGGCGGUUCGCUGAUCAGCCGCCGUAUGUAGCCCCAUAGACAAUUUUCCCUUCAGUUUAGAUACAACUCUCAGUGCUUUUGCAGUUUUUGUGCUACUGAGGAUUGCAAGUCCAGUUGCCGAGUGAUUCACAUCGAUCAGCGGCUUAUUCAUAGUCAAUUCAGCAUGGAAGGCGAAAGCGCAUAUGAUAUUGCUCGGCUUCGGUUGGCAAAGAAGGCUUUGAUCCCAGACUAUGUCAGGCCAAUUUCCAUUGAUCGUCAAGUGGGACGCAGUGCUCAAUCCGUUACUGCCACCGGCUGGGGCAGCACCUUUUUCAAGGAUACAAGCAGCAUUCUACACAAGGACAUUUGUGCUGGGGAUUCUGGAGGCCCGUUGAGCGUAAAGUUGAAUUUGUAUGGCGGGGGACAUUGGAGUGAAAAAUCUCGGGCCUUUCUGCUCGGCAUCGUUAGCUAUGGAACUUCAUCUGGUCUCGACGUUUACACAAAUGUCGAGCACUUUACGGAUUGGAUUGUAAGGACUAUAAACGGAAACAAUAAGCUUUUAUCACAAUGA